AGUUCCUCCUCCAACUGGGUUUAGUUCCACGGCGAAUGCCCGGCGGUGAGCAAGUGGGCAAAUCUGGAUCUGGUAUCUGGCUGAGUGGGGCCCGGCAUAAAACGGAAAACUUGUUAGGAUGGAUAAACUGCGAGGCAACAAUGCGGCUGGCGAGAAUCCCUUCAAGCGCCCGAUGAAUGCCCUCCAGAAGCAGUGGUACCGCGUCCUGCUGGCCCGCCGAGUGGGAUUCGGGCAGCGUCCUCCGCCCGACGAAAAGGAGCUAACGUACGCCGACAUUUGUCGUAAGCGCUAUGCGGCGUCGUUCCGGCGAUACAACGAGUGUUUCCGCCGGGAAAUGGCCAAACAUGAGGAGAUGCAGCGAUGCGCCAUCGACGCCAUGAGGGUACACAGAACCUUUGCCAUCACCACACUUUGGCUGCCUUUGCACUCGAAGCGGGAAAUCAACUCCACGCUGGAAACCCUCGAGAAGGUUCUCACCGCCAAGGAAAGACGACGCCUGCAGGAGAUUCUCAAGCAGGGAGAGUCCUGGCACUCGCACCGCUGAAGCUACAUCCUAGGUUACUACUCAGAUUCAGAUUCAGAUACUGAUUCAGGCUCGGAUUCAGAUUCCGAGCCUUACUCAUCCCCGGCACAUCACCAUCAUCAUCAUCAGCUGCCACGGCUAAGUGAAUUCCAUUUAGCUUGGAUUUCAGUCUUCCAGGGAGCCUGAUUUUCUUUUUUCACUUUUCCUUCGCUUUGUUCUUGAAAUUUCGCUGUCAGUGGCCAAAGCACUGUCGUAAAUAUUUAAUACCAGUAAAAGUGCAAAGUUCACUUUGGCUAAAACCGAAA